AAUAACACAAUAAUAGAAAUCAAUCCGCUGUUUCGUAGGCUAUCAGUACACCCCACGGCACGGCGGACGGUCCCUUCCCUUCCGGGAAAUCACCAGUUCAUUCAGGCCAGAUCGAAUUUUCCUCCCCCAAUCCUUGUUCGGGCCGGGCCGUGAUCGAAUAUGCUGAGAUUCUUGAAGGAGGUGGUUGGCGGAUCCGGUACAGGCCUCAAGGAUCUGCCGUAUAAUAUUGGGGAGCCGUACUCCUCAGCAUGGGGUUCCUGGGUGCACUACCGCGGAACCUCCAAGGAAGAUGGGUCUCCUGUCUCUAUAUUUUCUCUUUCAGGAAACAAUGCAAAUGAUGGGCAUUUAGUGGCUGGUCGUAAUGGUGUCAAACGCCUUCGAACGGUCAGGCAUCCGAAUAUUUUGUCAUUUCUGCAUAGUACAGAGGCAGAAACUUUGGAUGGUUCUAGUACGAAGGUUACCAUCUACGUAGUCACUGAACCAGUCAUGCCACUUUCUGAAAAGAUUAAGGAACUGGGUUUGGAAGGCGGCCAAAGGGAUGAAUAUUACGCAUGGGGACUGCACCGAAUAGCUAAAGCUGUGAGCUUCUUGAAUAAUGAUUGUAAAUUGGUUCAUGGUAAUGUUUGUAUGGCUAGUGUUGUUGUAACUCAAACCUUGGACUGGAAACUCCACGCAUUUGAUGUUUUAUCUGAGUUUGAUGGUAAUAAUGAAGCUUCAACUGGACCGAUGCUUCAAUAUGAGUGGCUUAUUGGUUCACAAUACAAACCGAUGGAGAUGUCUAAAUCUGACUGGUCAGUUAUCAGAAAGUCUCCACCUUGGGCCAUCGAUUCUUGGGGCUUGGGCUGCCUAAUUUAUGAAAUCUUCUCUGGCAUGAAAUUGAGUAGAACAGAGGAAUUGCGAAAUACUGCUGGCAUACCUAAGUCUUUACUUCAAGAUUAUCAGCGUCUCUUAAGCUCUAUGCCUUCUCGCAGGUUGAAUCCAUCAAAGCUUCUGGAGAAUAGUGAAUAUUUUCAGAAUAAGUUGGUAGAGACCAUACACUUUAUGGAAAUUCUUAAUUUGAAGGACAGUGUGGAAAAGGAUACUUUUUUCCGUAAGCUUCCAAACCUUGCCGAACAGCUUCCUCGCCAGAUAGUUCUGAAGAAGCUGCUUCCAUUAUUAGCGUCUUCCUUAGAAUUUGGUUCAGCCUCUGCACCUGCUUUGACUGCAUUGUUGAAAAUGGGGUCUUGGCUAUCACCAGAAGAGUAUUCUCUUAAGGUAUUGCCAACAAUUGUCAAACUUUUUACAUCCAAUGAUCGAGCUAUCCGUGUUGCUCUUCUUCAGCACAUUGAUCAGUAUGGCGAGGCAUUACCUACACAAAUUGUAGACGAGCAAGUUUACCCUCAUGUUGCUAAUGGGUUUUCCGACAUGUCUGCUUCUCUACGGGAGCUGACUUUGAAAUCUAUGCUAAUCCUGGCUCCUAAGCUCUCUCAGCGAACUCUAUCAGGGUCACUUCUGAAAUUCCUUUCAAAGCUUCAGGUUGAUGAAGAACCAGCAAUUCGCACAAAUACUACAAUAUUGCUUGGUAAUAUUGCUGGUCACUUAAAUGAAGGGACAAGGAAAAGAGUUCUCAUAAAUGCAUUCACAGUCCGUGCUCUGCGAGAUACAUUCUCUCCUGCCCGAGGCGCAGGUCUUAUGGCAUUGUCUGCUACUAGUUCUUACUAUGAUGCCACUGAGAUUGCCACUCGAAUUUUACCAAAUGUUGUUGUCCUGACAAUUGAUCCUGACAGUGAUGUUCGAUCAAAAGCAUUCCAAGCUGUUGAACAAUUUUUGCAAUUAGUGAGACAUUACAAUGAUAAGACAACCACCGGGUAUGCCACAGAUGUAGCCAAUACAGGAUUCUCAUCUAUACCUGGAAAUACAAGUUUAUUAGGAUGGGCAAUGAGUUCGUUGACUUUGAAAGGUAAACAUUCCGAACAGAGUAAUGUCACCUCGUCAAGCACAAGCGAACCUCCUGCAUCUUCGAUCUAUGCCAGCACCGUGGACAGCACAGAUACAACGCUAGCCCAUGUAAAUUCUCGAACAGAUUUGGCUGAUCUCAGGGACCAUCCUGCACCACCAUCGCCUUCGUCAACUGAUGGAUGGGGAGAUCUCGACAACGGCAUUCACGGAGAGCUGGAGAGUGACAAAGAUGGUUGGGAUGACAUGGAGCCGCUAGAGGAAGCAGCAACGCCUGCUGCUCUUGCAAAUAUUCAAGCAGCUCAAAAGCGUCCCGUCUCAACUCCAAAACCACAAGAUCCUUUUCCGAAAUCUAUUUCAAGACCCUCGAGUGCAAAAUCCAGCCAGGCAGUGGAUGAUGAUGAUGAUGAUCCCUGGGGCGCAGUAGCUGCUCCUGCUCGGAAAUCUUCAUCCAAGUCUUUGAAUCUGAAAUCUAGUGGCGCAGCAGACGAUGAUCUCUGGGCUUCCAUUGCAGCUCCUCCACCGACAACAACCGGGCACAGGCCUGUUUUGGGUGGACGAGGCCGAGGAACCAAAUCCGCGGCCCCAAGAUUGGGUGCUCAAAGGAUAAACAGAACAUCAUGAGACGAAGGAACUCGAUAUUUUGCUGCAGUGUAUGUCAGUCUCUCUCUCUCUUCCUCAUAUCAUUAAUUAUUCAAAAGUUGUGUUGGAAUAGUUUUGUGCCUCUUGAUAAUUUUGUGUUGUGUGUUCUCUAUCUAGAGAGAAAAUAUAUAUAUACGUAUUUAUAUAUAUAUAUAUGUGUGUGUUUUUACUUCUUAAAAAUUAAUCAUUCUUUUGUAUUUGAAAGGAAGAACAAGAAGAAAAGAGUUUUGUAAUUUUGCCGACUCCUUACACUCCGAGUAUGUUGAUUUUUUUGUUUGGUGUCUUAA